AUGGCCCAGGCUUCGCUGGCUGUACCGGCACACUCCUUCCCUGGGGCAGGGAAAGGCUGGAGCCUGGCCCCUCCAUGGGGCAUCCUCCCAAUCCCCUGUCCUUCUGCUGGGGGUGUCUGUCCAGCUGCUCGUCCACGGCCUGUGACAGAGGCCUCCAGGGCCCCUCAAGCUCGGGGCUUGUCACGCAUUGACAAAGCCCGGGUGUCUUUGUGCCAGGAGUUUUUGCCGCUGCUGGAGAAGGCAGCGAAGGGCACGGGGCAGGAGGGGCUGAGCUGCAGCAGGGCCGCGGUCAUCAACGUCUCCACCAAACUGGGCUCCAUCGGGCUGUGCCUCGGCGUGCUGGAGGCCCCCAUGUACCCGUACCGUGCCAGCAAGGCCGCCCAGAACAUGGUGACGAGGUGCAUGGCUACAGAGCUCCAAGACAAGGGGAUCUUGUGCACGGCCAUCCAUCCUGGCUGAGUGAAGACAGACAUGGGGACGCAGAAGGCGCCGCUGACAGUGGAGCGCAGCGUGCGGGGUAUCCUGGCUGUGCUGGCCAGCCUCUCGCAGGACACCUCCGGAGCCUUCCUUGACUGGGAAGGGAAUAGCCUGCCCUGGUGACGGACAGACGGACGGCGCCUCUUCCCCUGCUGCAGUCUCCCGCUCGUCGGCUCAGCCCUCUGCGUGGUCACCCUGCUCGCCCCCAGCCCGCCCCGGGCUGCCAGGGAGAGAGGAAGGCCACGGGAAGCAGCUU